AUGCCCUCCAGGUUCAUCGAAAUCCUAGACACAAAAGACUCCCCCCUGCGCAUGUCCGAGUCGGACGUCCGCCUCGAAGACGUCCUAGCCGACCACGAGGCCCUCGGCAGCCGACCGCGCUCCUCCACCCAGUCCUCCUGCAAGACCACCAUGGACAAAGACCGCCUCGAGCGGGAUACCGCGUCGCCGGCGCAGCAGCGCUGGAAGCGGCUUAGCAAUAUACUGGUCGCUACGCGGCGGUCGUCGUGA